GUUACUGUGUUACAUUGUAAGCUGAGGAAGGUAACGUUUUUAAGGGUUUCCAGAAACAUCAGGGGAUUUAAAAUGGCCACCACGAGGUAUGGUCCUGCAAGGAUGAUGCGCGGGGAUGAAGAUGAAGAUGAAGCCAAAGCAGUUGAUGAUGCUGAUCCAAAUGCAAUGAUGCUGUGCCCUUAUGACAGCAACCACAGGAUCCGGGCGUGUCGCUUCCCCUAUCACAUCAUCAAGUGUGCCAAGAAUCACCCCAAACUAGCAAAAGCGCAUAAGACCUGCCCCUUUAAUGCCAAGCAUGUGGUUCCCACACAUCAGCUGGCACAUCAUAUCGAGCACUGUAAGGAUAAAUGCUUAAUUACCAUGGCAGACGAUGACAGUGCUAGUAUGAACCCGAAAUUUCACGUGCCUUCUAUGUGGACCGCCCCUGAAUGUGAAGAGGACUGGGAUAAAGAGGCCGAUGAAAACGCAGAGACGUUUGUGUGGGGUGUGACGAACAAUCUGCUCCUCGUGAAUCAACCUGAGCAACCAGUGACCAACAACUUGAAGGCCGGAAUCCGUGCACCUCGGACUCUCCCCGGGAAAUUCUGAUAAAUCCCUUCCAUGUUUUUGUUCUGCAUUGACCUUUUUAAAAUACUUUUUUUUUCUUUUCCCUUUUUGAUAAGCUACGCUUUUAACAGUUUUGAGACUGACCCGACUUCCCUGGAUUGUAACUCGUUUUACGUCCAACAAUAUCUGAUGGCAAACAAAGAAGCGACACUUCUGUUGGAACCAUUGUCCUUUUAUCUAGUUAAUAAAUUUUGAAUUUGCCUUGUGAAA